AUGUCCCUGACACGCUUCUCCUUCCGGGCGCCCGUCUCCAUCGCCAGGAAUUGUCUGCGAUGCUUCUCCUCGGGCCCCCAGAAGCAAGAUGACGCCCUCCUCUCCAUCCUCGGCGACAGCACCGCCGCCCGUGGCCCCUCUUCCACCCAGUCAAGGCUCCCCGGUUCCUCCCUCGCGACGCGUCUCGCCCGAGAAGCUGGCCUGGACCGCCCCACGCAAACCCGCGAGAUGGUCGAGUCAGAGCGCCGGAGCCAGUUCCAGCGCCAGAUUUUCCGCAAGUGGCAGCCCGGAGAUGUGUACGCGCCCUCGGAUCUGUCGGGCGCCGAGAUGAAGAGGUGGAAGAGCGGGCGCAAGAAGCCGCAGAGCGAUGCCUUUGACGUCCUGGGCAUCAAUCCCGUGAACGAGUAUAAGAACUACACCAUGAUGUCCGAGUACAUGACGGAGAUGGGGCGGAUAAAGCAUUCCAAGGACACGGGGCUAAGACCGAAGAAUCAGAGGAAGAUUGCAAAGGCUAUACGGCGAGCCAUUGGCUUGGGCUUGAUGCCCAGUGUGCACAGACAUCCACUGGUGUUGAAGAAGAGCUCGCCAGCGAGGUUCCUGUAG